UAAAAAGCCAGCUUUCUCCCAUGAACUCCUCUGGCACCCAGAAAUUCACUUGGAUUUCGCAAACUCACCCAACCUACUACAACCACCCCUCCUUUCCAUUGUCACUGCUUCUGCCUAAAAUAACUCCUGUUCCUAAAGGAGGCUCGUUUUCUGCUGGGUUUUCAAAUACUACACUGUUGUUCUGCUGGCAGUGGGAAAACAGGAGAGGUUAGGGAGGUCACUCUCUGGGCUAACAGGAGCCACUGCCAUGUUUAGAUGCUGCAACGGCCACGAUGUGUGACCGCCGGGCCGUCUGUGGACACUCGGCCUUAAUGAGGUGGUCCAGCUGCACCACGUGACAAUACCUUAUUGUGCAUUUUUAUGGAGAAUGUUAUGUGUAAGCAGAUUAUAAUAAUAGGAGGUGAGAAUUAAUAGUAUCAUCUUGUGUGUUUUUGUUGUUUUUUUUAUGUUCUGCUUUUUUUAGGUGGGUAGCUGAAGCUGUGACACAGAUCUUAAGUUUGCCAUUCAAGCAUACAGGAAUUAUUACAUGAUUGGUGGUGAUUGGUGGAGCUUCAGCCAUCGUUGUGUUUACAAGACAAGAGGUUAUAAUCUGUCCUCUGAGCAGCGCAACGUCUUCAGGACAGAUUGGAGACUACAGUGAAACACUAUCGAAAAGUGACAAGACAGGCCGGGGCUAGCUGGUUAGCAUGCUAACUUCAGUGGAAGAAAAGACGUGAUCGAGACAAGAGUUAACUGGUGUUUGUUUCCACCUCUGGAAACAGCUGUUGUUUUUUCUGCGCUGCAUCCCCGCUGUGUGAAGGCUGCCUCGCUGCAGAGAGAGUGUGUCACCGGGGGUGUGGACGCGCGGAAGGGGUGGAUUACGUGUUCCUGCGUUUCUGGAGCCAUAAAGAGCCCGCUUUACCUGUCGUGCGCUCAGGUCGAUCUGGUUGCCAGUCUUGUUUCGGUCUUUUCCGUCGGUUCUUCAGCUGAGCACCGGAGCACCCCUGUGAUUGGCUGCAGAGGGAAACGAGCUGCCUUCAGCCCACCCACCGCUGAUUAUAGGGACUCUUGUUGUCUCCUUCCUCCUUUCUCCCUUGCAUUGAGUCUGGGACCUGGCCCGGGGGCUGAGCAGCAACACACACAGAGCGCGCAUCAUGGCAGCUACCCACAACGAGUACAGAGGCUACCUGCGGAACAACGUCCACAUGGAGGCAGGGCAGCACCGCUUCCACCCGGUGCAGAACUCGGAGCCCACUUACCGGCCGCUCCUAUUCGGGACCCUCGCUGUUAUGGGAUUGCUUCAGGUGGCGUCCAGCGUGGCGAUCUUAUUACACCUGACAGGUUAUCUGCAAGAGGUAGAUUUGUCCACAGCCCCACACCGGCCCAUUGAGGAGGUGCAGACGGAGCCGGUGCUGAACGCGCUGAGAGACACGAGGAAAACCAGACGGUGCAAAACUCCAAAAGAGAGCCUGCCAUCAGCUCAUCUACCAAUCAGAAGGCCUCAGGAGUACCCCAAAACAGAGGAUGUGCGGCAGGCCAUCACCAUCGACUGGGAGGAGAAGCACGGAUACCACCACAAGAUGGGCUACCAGAAGGGCAAACUGCUGGUGAUAGAGCCGGGUUUCUACUACGUUUACGCCAAGACCUGUUUCCGCUACUACCGUAUACCAGAGGACAGCAGUCAGGCCGAGAUCCCGCCGGUGGACGUUAGCAACACCCAGCUCAUCCAGUACGUCUACCACGAGAGCAUCAAGUGGAACAAGGCCGUGAUGCUGAUGAAGACGGGCAGCACCAUGCGCUGGAACGACACGAGCUAUAACAUGUACUGCGCCCAGCAGGGCCGAGGCGUCCAGCUGGAGGAGGGAGACGCCUUGUUUGUCAACGUGUCCAAUGCUUGGAUGCUGGACCUGGAGGGAGAAGGGACGUACUUUGGGGCCAUAAAGUUGGGUAACUGAAAUUGAAACACGUGGGGAGCGGACAUGCUACUGAACAUUUGAUAUGCCAAAGAACCACUGUUAGUGAUUUACAAUGUUGGUUUGUCAAAAAAGUGUCUUUUUAUAUUGUACAUGUGUUAAUGUUUUGUUUUUUGUUUUUUUCUACAUUGCUCUUCACCAAAUAGCCUUGGAGUCCUUCUGAGAAAAACUUAAGGAAAAGGUAAAAACUUGUUUUGCCACUUGCCCCCUGCAAAAAGAAAAAAAGAUGAGAGACACAGCUCUCAACUUCAUCCAAAAUAGCACUGGACUUUUUUUUGUUUUUUUUGUUUUUUAACUGCGGUUUGUAUUGGGAAAUUUCAAUACAUUUCAGUUAAGAUUACAAAAUGUGUUUGUGCACUAAUUAAACAAACCACGAGGGAGCAACUGAGGAAGUAAGUUUGUUGGCAAGAGGUGCAGCAGCGAGAAAGGAUUUAUCAAUGUUUAUUGUUGAUGGGGGGGGGGGGGGGGUGUCCAAAGAGACACUGUAGCUGUAGCUGAUGGAGCAUCUGCUUGUACUUAGCAGAUUAUCACCGGAUAAAAAUAACAAGACUUCCCGGCCUGUCUCUGACCCGUGGCAGUGAAUGCACAAAUGUUUUGCUGAAAGGUUUUGUAAGUGUGAACAAGGCAGGCAGUGAGGCGUCCACACAGUAAGUAACUCAACAGCAUCAGUUGAAACAACCAGUUAGAUGGUGAUUUAUCACACAUUCGAAAUCUCUGAGGCACCAUUGAAACAUGAAACAUGAUGCCGUGGAAGAUUCACUUUCACUCUGACAUUGUUUGUUUUCUUUUUCAAUCAAUUUAAAAAAAAAAAAAAAAAAAAAGGGUGUGUGUGUGUGUGCGCGUGUGUGUGUGUGUGUGUGUGUGUGUGCACGUGUUCCCAGAACUCAUUUGUUAACCAGUUUUCUGUCUCUGAUGAAAUCUAACGAGUGGCCUGCUUCACUGAAGGCAACACGACAGUGUCAUUUCAAACUAAGGAGGAAGUGACGUGUUUAUGUUUAUGACGAUCAACAAGCGAUGCAGAUAGCUGGACUGUCUGACCAUAAAUGACACGAAUAGACUCUUUUGUCUUCUUUAACUAGAGGAACCGAAUUGAGUUUGGUUCAUCUUUUAACUUAAAUUCUGUUUUGUUUUUUUUUUUUCAUUUGGCUCUUCACUGAGGUAAAUGGGAAUAUGCACUAAAUAUUUAUUUAUUAGCUAUAGAAGAAACAGAGACAGGUCAUUGUUACAGUGACCUUUCAGCUGUAAAAAAUCAUUUAUAUUUUAUGUCUGUACGACAUUCAUUACGCAGCGCUUAGAGGAAAUAGUAGACACGCUUUUUUUUUCUUAUUAAAACACAGGGGCUUCAUUUUAAAUUCCAUAUUUAUGUAUCAUGAUUAUGACAAUUCUGUGUGCACUUGCCUAGCCAAAAGCAAUAUGGAUAUAGUGUUUUGGUUACACUUUAUUUGGACAGUCCGCCUACACAGAGUUCACACAGUAUUUAUAACAUUUCAGCGAUAUUUGUUCUAAUGUUCAACAAGGUGCAGACGGAGGACAAAUUAAAGGAAGAAUCUGAAUAAAUGAGAGAAACCGCAAAUGUAGAUGCCUCCACAUCUGCAUGAUCUGAAUGGUGUGAAUCACGUGCUAUGACCUUCGCAGUCACCAGAUCUCAACCCAAGUGAACACCUUUGGAGCGACAUGUUAGCUUCAAUGCUAAGGAGCAUUGGUUUUUCCUUUAAUUUGUCACCCGUCUGUUACUACAAAUAUUCAACCAACCAGUUAGUAAAGCACUUAAUGGUCAGAGUUGGUGUUGGAGAAACAGCUCAAUGACCUGUUGAGAUGUCACAAAUACGCUAUAAACUCUGUGUAGGCGGACUAUCAAAAUAAAGUGUUACCAUUGUUUCUUCUACAAGAUUGUAGCAUACCUGUAAAAGUCUUCAUAUGAUUUAAUUCAGUGUUCUUUUUAUUUAUGUUUGUCUAUGUUUUAAUAAAAAAAAAACUACUUUUGUA